AUGUGCCAAGUGGAGUUUGAGAUGGCCUGCGCUGCCAUCAAGCAAUUGAAGGGGCCGGUGAGCGAUCAGGAGAAAUUGUUGGUGUACAGCUAUUACAAACAGGCCACCCAGGGCGACUGCAACAUCCCGGCCCCACCUGCCACCGACCUGAAAGCCAAGGCCAAGUGGGAGGCAUGGAAUGAAAAUAAAGGGAUGUCCAAGAUGGAUGCCAUGAGGAUCUACAUUGCCAAAGUGGAAGAACUAAAGAAAAAUGAAGCUGGUUAG